AUGGCAACGAUUCCCGCAAAACCAACAACCACCGCCAAGCCGCUGCCCAAAACAACAAAACCACCUGUUGUACCCAUCACCACCAAGCCGCCCGUAACGCCCAUAACUACACCCAAACCACCAGUAAUCCCCAUAACUACAAUACCACCUAUCAUAACCCUUACGACUACCAUCCCACCUGUCAAAACGACCACUUUUGGCACUGGGUCUGUGAUCACAGUCAAACCUAUCACUACGACAUCGACAUCGACAUCGUCUAUCCUUGGAGGUGGUGGGAAUAAUAAUAGUGUUCGUGGACAGGGAUCUGAUACUGGGGGUGGCGAUGGGGACGGGAUGAAUGCGGCGGCGAUUGGUGGAUUGGUAGCCGGUUUGGCGAUUGUUCUUGUCGGCUCGGUUGUCGGAGGAUUCAUGUUACUGAAGCAGCGGCGUAAGCGGAUGAUGUUUGUUGGGCAUGGUGCUUCUGCUUCGGGAUCUUCUUCGGGGUUUGGAGGAGAUGGGUACCCGGACCAGCCUGACCUGCCACGGCCACCCCGGGCUGGGUUUGCCAGAGAGGGCCGGCCGGGGAGUGGGACUUGGAGUGCGAGGAGCGGGUACAGUGGGGGCAGUAGGCCGCAAUCUUCUGUUGGCCGGCAACCCUUUAUGGGCAACUAUAGUAAUGUCUUUGACGAGAAGGGGUAUCACGCUGAUGCUGCGGGUCUUGGAGGUGCACGUAUGAGCGUUAUGGGAGGAGGACUGGGCGGUGGUUCGGGCAUCGGGUAUAGCAACAACAUUAGCGGCGAGUCCUUUACGCAGUUACAUGACGGUCGGUUUGUCGCCAAUGGCCGUCGUGGCGAUGGUAGCCCUGGUGGAUACAAUGGUGCCCCGGGUGAUGUCGAUAACUAUACCUAUGAUGCUCAAGAGUACAACGCCCAUCUUCACAACAAGGAGAUGUCGUCCUCCUCAGCCGCCUUCUUGCCGUCCCCGCCUUCGUCCCCCGACGGCGCCUUCCCCCCUGAAGGCAUCUCGCCCACUGAAAGUACUAGCAGCGGCUCUGCUGGACUUCACGAUGCCCCUGGUCAGGCCUCGGCUCCAUUGAUUGGUGUCGUCAAUCCAUCGCCCAGGGCGAGUGGAUUCUACGAAAACUACAACCAUGUCCCUCUUCGAUCCCCCACCAGGACAAACAUGAACGCACCUCCCAUGUCACCCAAUGGCAACUUUGUGAACCGGUCCUCGUCCCGCGUGAGUGCUUCCAUUCCUUAUGCACCCGAUGGACUACCCCUGUUCCCGCCUCGACCUGCCUCACAGUACCAGCAUGCCAAUUAUCCACAACAGCACCCUCAACAACAGCAGUAUUACCCGACUUCGCCACGAUCGCCACCACUUCCGCAUAUGGGAGGACCACCACCCGGUAACUAUUACUCGCCUCGUCUGGGAUCCCAGUAUAACCAUCACAACGGUGGCGGAGGACCCAAUUUCCCACCAUCACCUCAUCCUUACCAGCAACAACAACAGCAACAACAACGGUACUUGCAACACCCUCACCAACAGAUGUAUUCGGGUCCCAUGUCAACCAUGACGAGCUCUAGCGUGACCGCAUACGACACCGACGAGAACGGAGGAGUUCGCUCUCCGCAAAAGUAUGUGGGCAAUGAGGGUGGUGCGUUCGAGGAACACCAUGUCUAUGAGGAGAUCUAUGUCCAACCCCAAGAGGCCACGUCAACGACAAUGACGACGACGGCGACAGGUCAUGUUAAUGCUGGCGCACCCCAAGUCCUGGCGGUCGACAAGCCCGCCCAUGAUGCCCCCAUCGCCGCCUCAGCCACCCCUGGCGCCCCUGCUGUCUCUGUUGAGGUAGUUAAUGUUCAGGACACUACCGAACCCGCAGACCUGGCGACGUUAUCCCCCAUCGUCCCCCAGGCAACUUCUCCAUCUUCUCCACCCCCAGUGCCCCUGUCGACCAAACCCUCUGUUGGUCACUUCUCCAUCUCAUCCUCAACUUAA